UCGGUUGGAUCCUAUCUCGUAUCGUGUCCGAGAAUCGCGUCGCCCUUCGGUAAAAGCUGGAGGCCACGAAAAGGGAGUAUUUGAUUGAGGCUUAUUACGCGUUGGUGUGUCGCCGCGGGUUCGACGAGAAGUAAGGAAACGCGGAAGGGAGCGACUCCAACGGGCGCGAUUUUAAAAUUCACCACCCUCGAAGUGCUUCUUUAUUUCGAACGGCCGUGGAAACUCCGGAGGCCUAUUACUAUGUAGGGAAUCUGCAUAUCGCUUCCGAUCGUGGAGACUUCAAAGCGACGGAAUAUCGACGCGAACGGUCGCUUUGCCGUGACACCCCCGAUUCUGCGAGGAAUUUUCGCAGACAAACGUUUUGCGAACAGCUCCAAGUGCUUCUCAAAUUACGAUGUAUGGUUGGUGAUGCGUGCUGCUGGUGCGGAAAUAAACCGAUUGGGCUAUGCUUUCCCGUCGCGAGGGCUGUUACACGAAUUGCAAAUGAGAACUGUUCGCGAGGGGUAAAAGCGAGAUCGUAAACGGCCGCGUCGAACUGUCCAUACGUGUGAUGAUGUAAUUCCGUGAUUUUCGAGACACUUCAGCUCGCUGUCACAGCCGGGCGUAGUAAUUUCCGCAUCAUGUCCGCCAGAGAGAUUCAAUUAAUUCCAAUUUGCGCGUAGCAGCACUACUAAAGCAAUAUAUCCCGGGUCCCCCGUGGCUUCUUUCGCUACAUUUGACAAUGCUCGUCCCAAGAAUCCUUCCGCGGAAAAUUUUAUUCGAGAUUUUUCUCUCGAGACAAAAAGCGUCGAUCGCUUGCGCGCGUAACCGCUACGAAGCAUCCAUUCAUACCGUGAAGACGACGUAGUGCUACGACGAAGACAGCGACGAGGACAACGAUAUUAAAAGGACGAAAUUUCACUAGAGGUGAUGGAGAUUAUCGCAAGAUUAUCGUGGAGAUAAAGAGUGGUUACACACAGAAAAAUACAUACUGCAUUCAAAAUCUGGCGAUGAUUAAUGUGACGAAGAGGUGAUGUGGCGAAACUUUGGCUGGACGGCCAUCCUGGCCAUAUGGACGAUCCUCCUGAUUUUGAACAGCGGUUUAGCCGGUGAACGUAUUUCCAAUAAUCCACGAAUCAACACCUCUCCCGAAGCUCACCGGGGAGCUACAAUUCCCCAGCUCGAUAAGCAGUUUGUCGACGAUUCCCAUCCGCGAUACGCGAAAGAGUCUUUCGAAGCGAACCAUCGUCAUUCAUCAACGCAUACGAGGGCAGUUUCCACGGGAUUGAAAAAUACAGAAACUUGGGAUUUCAAUGGCCUGGCGAAGCGCAUUGCGAUGUCAGACGCAAUAGUCGCGCCGUCGGGGUGCUCGAGAAACUGCGACGGCAGAAAUGCUCGGCUGGCCGCCGCUGAAAGAGUCGCAACGGGGAGUAGUAUGUGGUUGUCGAAAAUCAUAAUUCUGGAGAAGUCGGGGAGGACGCGUUACCGUAAGUUCCCGUCGAAUCCGGGCGUGUCGACGUUCCGAAAACUGAAAGGCGCCUCGAGGUGGAGAAAACAUAGAAAAGGAACUACCUAUGUGUUCUCAAACGGUUGCAAAGAGGCAACGGCGACAAGACGCGACGCACAGAUGUUAGACGAGCCGACCGAGUGGCGAAAAGGACGAAUCUUUAGUGAAGGAAAUAGGGCGGCUGCAUUCAUCCGCGGCAAAUUUUCAAAACGCUCGCAACGCGAACAAGACAGCUCGACGACGGAAAAUCCCGUUAUUUCGGAGUUCGACACUCCAGCCGAUACCGAAUCCUGGUACGUCAGCGAGAUACGCAAUAACGAAAAUCGAACAAAUCCCCACCGAGGGAGGCAUCUCCAGCUAACGGAAAACAACGUGGAUAAACCGAAGUACGCGGGAGUUAACGGCGACUCGCGAAUAACGGAAGCGAGUUUCCCGAGCUAUUCGAAGGAGAAUGUAAGAAGCACAAUGGACGCUGUUAUGGACGACACAAUCAUGAGGAGUUCGCCUCACGAGAGCUCCACCGUGAAUACCGGCCCAUGGACCGCGUUGAUUUUCAGUUCUGGACUGCCGAACGCGCGCAAACAAAUCUACAGUGGCAAAAAGCCGUUUAGCUAUCACUUUCCGAAGGACGAAUACUCGAGAUCCUAUAAAGCAGUCACCGAGUCCCCGGCAAUCGGGUCGCGCCGCGAAGGGGAACGCUCAAAGGUAGGAUUUAAAGUAAAUACAGGCAUGCACGAGGACAGGAAAUGGAAUGAGGAUAUCGGAGACUCGUUCACUUUUCGUGCACAGAACUCACCCGAUAGGUAUCUCAGUAGGAAUCGGAUCGGCUUUACGGGACAACCUCCUCCCCCAUCGCGGAAGAAGGCAGCGAGUGCUUUGAAAACGGCACUCGAUACAGCGGCCUCACGACGCGAGUACCAUUCUUCGGUGCACAAUGUCGGCGCGAUAGCGGUCACCCGAGCGACGCGUCCAGCGGGUGGGCUGCAAAUAAAAAGCGCCCUGGCUAAGAGGAUCAGCGGCGACGCAAAUUACACAACGCAUUACGCGCCCACAGACAAGCCGUUAUACAUUAAUUCAUCGGGCGAUCGGAUCGAUGAGUCGAAGGUAAAGCUCCCGACGUCGCCGCGUCGUAUUUCAGUCACGCAGCGGUGGCAUCCAGUGCACGUACGACACGUUAAGUCCACAGGCACGGCCCGCGAGCGGAUCACCGACGGCGAGACUGAAGUUCAUGGCGCGACUCGGAUCGGCUUGUGGAAUGUCUCCCGCAGCCCAUCGGGAAUCGCAAAAUUCGGAAACCCCUCGGAGGAAAAAGCGUGGAGACGCUCGAGAUAUUUGCGAAAGUUCGGCGCGCUCGAUAUCAGGCUGUCGCGACCGCCGUCGCCUCACAUCAUCGUCGAGGCAGCAGCCGAUGGUGGAGCGAAACCCGACGGGCGGGCUCAGGCGACUUUAAUCGCGAACGGAUCGAUCUCUCUCGAUGCAGUGAUUAUCACUGAUAAUUCGACAGAAACGUGGAAGAUUAAUAGACGCGCGCUCUCGUCCCCGUCAUCGUCCUCGGCAUCAUCGAGCGAGUCUGGUGGCAAGAAUGCAAAAGUUGUAACGAAAGAUCCGAAUGAAAACGAGAAUGACGCGCGAAAACAGCCCGCCGCUCGUUUGCGAGGUGACGACACUCGCGACUCGACGUAUCGGCGAUAUAAACGUCACGAAGUUCGCCUGAGCACUUGGAAAAGUUCGACGUUAACGGACCUCAAGUCGCGAAGAGCACUCGAUACGGUAACAACGGCGACGAUGAGAAUGACGAAGCCGCUCGAGUUUACCGCGAGUCCAUCUAUUUCGACUACUCAAAUGAGCGAUGCGGCUCCAGUAUCGGUUGUCGCUGUAGAAUCCAUCACGACCACUGGGGCAACACUAACUUCUCCGAAAUACCGCGGAUUCCAAACGCAGCGGCGAUCAAUAACGCCAACAGGCACCGAUUACCAGCAAUACACCAGCAACCCAGCGAAUGUAGGUUCUGGUUCAUUAGAAAUGCCGUUUACCGACUCGCCAAAAAAACCGAACAUUAGCGCGAUGGGAACACCGGUGCUUCUAAUCAAGACGCCUGAUCAAUUGGCCACGGGAAUCGAAACAGGUAACAUCGUAGUCCGGAAAGAAUCUGCCACUACGGAAGCAACCUCGUCGGCAUCCGGCGAGAACGUCUCGGACGCGCCAUCAAUCGAGCCAAUUAGCUCGCUAGAAGGACGUGCGGAGUCUGUUAACGGUUCAGCCGUUCCGAUCAUCGAUCCGUUUCCUCAGAGGAGCAACGAUCCCACUCGAGAUGUCUUUGGUAAUGUUACGGUAGAGAAUGUCGACGAGUCAUCAGCUAGUGCCGCGUUCUUGGACCAGUGGCCUGUGAAGCACAGCGCAGUAGUGGAGGGCGAUCUCGUUCUCGGUGGAUUAAUGAUGGUCCACGAGAGGGAGGACACGAUCACAUGCGGCCCUGUGAUGCCUCAGGGUGGAGUACAGGCCCUGGAGGCGAUGCUGUAUACGUUGGACAUGCUCAAUAAUCUGGAGAUCGUGCCGGGUGUUAAAAUUGGAGCGCACAUACUCGACGACUGUGACAAGGACACGUACGGUCUUGAGAUGGCGGUGGAUUUUAUUAAAGGCUCGAUAAGCAACAUAGACGGCGCAGAAUAUCAUUGCAACAAAACCGCCGUGCGAAAGAUAAUCAGCGGUGUGGUCGGCGCGGCCAGUUCAGUAACGUCAAUUCAAGUCGCCAACCUCCUACGGCUGUUUAGAAUUCCGCAAGUCUCCUUUUUCUCAACGAGCCCGGAACUUUCCAACAAACAACGCUUCGAGUACUUCACUCGCACUAUACCCAGCGAUCACUACCAGGUCAAAGCGAUGGUCGACAUUGUAUUGAAGAUGAGCUGGAGCUACGUAUCCAUCAUAUACGAGGAGAGUAACUACGGUAUCAAGGCCUUCGAGGAACUCGAGGAACUACUCGGAAAAUACAACAUAUGUAUCGCCAUCAAAGAAAAGCUAGUAAAGGAUUCCGGGGUCGCCAAGGAGACCGCCUACGACAAUAUAGUUUUGAAACUACUGACAAAACCACGAGCAAGAGGUUGCAUCAUCUUCGGAUCCGACCAGGAAGUAGCAGGAGUUAUGAGAGCGGUGAGACGGUGCAACGCGACCGGCGCUUUUUCCUGGAUCGGAAGCGAUGGCUGGAGCGCAAGAGGAUUAGUGAGUAACGGUAACGAGCCGGAAGUCGAGGGCACUCUGUCGGUUCAACCUCAGGCGAACCCCGUUAAGGGUUUCGAAGAGUACUUCCUCAACUUGACCGUCGAGAACAAUCGAAGGAACCCGUGGUUCGUCGAAUUUUGGGAAGACCACUUUAAAUGCCGAUACCCGAACGUAUCCCAGACACCAUACAACAAAAAAUACACGAAAACUUGUACGACGCAGGAACGCCUCACCAAACAGAACACGGCAUUCGAAGACCAGCUGCAGUUCGUUUCCGACGCAGUAAUGGCUUUUGCUUACGCUUUUCGGGAUAUGCAUCGUGAUCUUUGCCAUCGCAGGGCAGGCUUAUGCGACGCCAUGAAACCGACCAACGGAACGAAACUCUUGCAGUAUUUGCGCAAGGUGGAUUUUAAGGGUCUAAGCGGCGACGAGUUUAGAUUCGACAAGAACGGCGACGGUCCCGCAAGGUACAACAUCAUACACUUCAAGCAAACCAAGCCGGGCAAGUACAAGUGGGUUCGCGUGGGCAAAUAUCUGGAGGGUGAGUUGCGGCUAGAUAUGUCCGAAAUCCAAUUUAAGCUCGGGCAUCCACAGCCACCCGAAAGCGUGUGCUCUUUGCCUUGCGAGCUCGGCCAGGCGAAGAAAUACGUCGAGGGUGAGAGAUGCUGCUGGCAUUGCUUUAAUUGCACUCAAUAUCAGAUACGACAUCCGAAAGACGAGACACGAUGCAUUCAGUGUCGUCAGGGUACGGUGCCAGACGAAACUCACUCGACGUGUCGCGACAUACCGGAAGAGUUUCUGCGCCCGGAGAGCGGUUGGGCGAUAGGCGCGAUGUGCUUCUCCUCCUUCGGAAUUUUCGUGACGUUAUUUGUCUGCGGCGUUUUCCUCAGACACAACGACACACCAGUCGUACGUGCAUCCGGACGCGAACUAUCUUACGUCCUUCUCGUGGGAAUAUUACUCUGUUACCUCGUCACGUUCACCCUAGUACUCAGACCCACGAACGCUGUCUGCGGCAUUCAAAGAGUCGCCGCAGGACUCUGUUUCACUAUAGUAUACGCCGCUUUGCUAACGAAGACCAAUCGAAUCGCGAGGAUCUUCAAUGACGGAAGACAAAGCGCCAAAAGACCUUCGUUCAUAUCACCACGGUCGCAGCUCAUCAUCUGCUUCGGACUGGUAUCCGUACAAAUCUUAAUUAACGUAGUCUGGAUACUGAUCGAUCCUGCCAGAGCGAUGCAUCACUAUCCUACAAUGGAGGACAAUUUACUCGUCUGCAACAGCUACAUUGACGCUAGCUACAUGAUCGCGUUUGCGUAUCCCAUAAUACUGAUUGCUGUGUGUACAGUCUACGCCGUCCUUACGAGAAAAAUUCCAGAAGCUUUCAACGAAAGCAAGCACAUCGGUUUCGCCAUGUACACGACGUGCGUCAUAUGGCUCGCAUUCGUGCCCUUGUACUUCGGCACCGGAAACAACGUUGCGCUGAGAAUUACUUCCAUGUCAGUAACAAUCAGUCUUUCCGCGUCCGUAAUGGUGGUUUGUCUCUUCAGUCCAAAGCUAUACAUUAUUUUGAUUCGACCCGAGAGAAACGUACGGCCAAACAUAAAGGCGGGGAGACCCAACUUGACGAAAAGCUCGGCCAUAACCGCCACGAAUCCAUCGAGCAUGAUGGGCCCGGUCACGGCGACGGCAGUAUUAACAGCCGCAACUUGCGAUCAAAAUAAAGCCAUCAAGAAACAUAUCGCAUCCACCAUAGAUUGCUCCACACAGAGCGAAUACUACGAAAUGGAAGUAAAGGAACAGAAAAACGGAAAACCGCUGGCGACAUGCGCUUCACGAUCGACCCAAACGACCAACAACGAAAAGGAAUCGACGAUGUCGACGACGGUGACGACGACGACGACGACGACGACAACAACGACAACGACGUCGUCGUCGUCGUCGUCGUCAACAACUACUAUCACGGCAGGCAAUAAAGAAUCACCGGACAUAGUCGCGUCCGUCGGUAAUAAGGAACAAAAGAACAGUAGUACGACAACGACAAAACGACUCAAUAACAACGCAAGAAUAGGCAACGGGCCACUUUCGCAAAGCGAAGUCUCCUUAUAGCGCAAAAUGGUAUCCCCCAUAAAGUCGCCCGUAUUAACGAAUAGCAUUAGUUUAAAACCGAUCUCAAAAAAACCUGUUAUCGUUUGAUUAGAAUCCCAUUGCAUAUUGUAUAUAUUAUUGACUGAAGCUAUACGCGCCAAUACGUUUUUCGACGUGACAGAGGAGACAAAGUUUCCGUCGGUUGUUUCAAAGAAUUAUUCGUCGUUGACCGCCCGUCAACAUGCCAGGUCUCGACAAUGGAGUAACAUCCAAGCACGCCAAAUAGUCACCACAGAUUCCGAAUUAACUAUAUUAUAUAUUGUUAAAUUAAAGCUACAAUUGAUAAGUUAAGAACAGAACAUGUCGAUAAUAUACUGACAUAUAAUAAAAACUCUUUAUCAAUGGUUGAUAAAAACUGUCUUGAGAUUCACUUUGCUCUGAAUAAUCGAGUUUUUUGUAUUAUUUAGUUUUUUAAGAUUUCAGAUAAAAGAAAUAGAUUUUUUACAAGUAUAAAAAGAAGAAUUGAUUUCGUUGAACUAAAAAUCCGAAAAUUGCCAUUUUUGUAGAUACAAAGCAUCUAUCAUUUCUUAGCUAUCAAUAAUAUAGCUGUGUGUUUUAAAUCUCUACGAUUGCGAUUGGAAAGGAAAUCAAAUUUGUUAUGUCAAGGCUCUUGGAUAAUCGCCGUGAAAUUCUGGAUUGACGAUCAGAAGUGAGAAAACGCAUGCCCAAAAUUCUUGUGUGUCAUUUCCAAAUAAAAAGAUAUUUGUAUGAAAGAACACUUUCCCACACAGCAAAAGAAAUCUGUAGGAUAUACUGAAAUUAUCGCGGAUAUACGAAAUAUAUUUCAAUAUCCUUACAAUAUUGCCAGUAUAUAUACUGAUAGGAUAUAUUAGGAAUAGGAUAUAUUAAUGUCCGCACUUACGAAAAUGUAGAAAUAUCAUAUAUACAGCAAAAGUAAUCUGCAGGAUAUACUGUGAUCAUCAUGGAUAAAAUAUACCUCAAUAUCUUUAAUAUAUAAUUAGUAUGUAAACUAAUAAAGAAGAAGAUAUACUAUUGACCACACGUAAGAAAACGUGGUGAAGCAUUACAUGGUGAAGAAUUGGAACACAGCUUUGAAAAAAGGUAGCUAACUGAGGCUGUGUUUCAAAAUUUACUGCCAGUACUGAAAAUCUAUUGUUUACAUCACAAUACAAUUUCAAUACUAGUGAAUUUCAGUCUGAGUCAGAUAACCCUGUCGUGAUUACACGCACAUGCGAGAGCUUCUAAGACCGGUAUAGUCCGAUCGGGUGCAUUUGUACUUCCCACAAUAUAUUUUUAUCUUGUGUAAUUGUAUAAUAAGAAAAAGGGCUAAUUCGAGUUCAAGCACAGGAUUAAUAGUGCUAUGUACUAUAUGGGUAAAACCUUCCUUGUAUUAGGAAAUAGAAUAAUAAUCAAACG